AUGGGUUCCAACAAGAUGGGAAAAAUUGUGAAUUCUACCACCAACUCUUCACCAUCUGUUGCAGUCUCUGCUGUCCGCAAAAACCAUGUUGUGGCUGAUCAUGACAUCGAGAAUUGUAUCAUGUUUGGUAGUAUUCCAGUGGUGCUGUCCAAAAAGAAAGCGAAGAAAGCGAAGAAGUUUUCACUUGGAGACAAACACCCUGAGCCAAUAAUAUCUAAUUCUAAUGAGUCAAUUUCCUCAUCAAAUGCCACCACUACUGCUUCUAAACCUAAAAAUUUCAGCAGGAGAACUCGUGUUGAUUUAGAUUUAGAAUCUGCCAACCCCAGUGGAGACAAAUUUAGUGUACCAAAUUCCAAUUUUGAAAAUUCUAAGUCACCUCUUAGAAAGAAAGUUGCAGAAAAUUGUAACUUGUCAAAUCCCCAUGAUGAAUUGCCUCAUAGCAAUCAAUGCUGGGGGAAGAAACCUGAUUCUGUCAAUAGAUCUCAUAAUAGUGACAACAAUUCAAACUAUGCUGCAGUUGGUGAUUCAAAGUUGGAUUCUUCAGUUAACAAGCCAGAGUUCAGACCAUUUGACAUUUGCCUCCGUGGAAUAAGAAAACUUGCUUUAAAAAGAUUUACUCUGCAUGGAGAAAACAAGGAAAGUAGAAUUGAGAUGGUUGAUGAAAGAUCAGAAGGGUAUGUGUUGAGGCCUGGGAUGGUUCUCUUGAAAAAUUUCAUAAGCCAUGAUGGACAGGUGGAGAUAGUGAGAGCUUGUCGUGAACUUGGUCUAGGUUCUGGAGGAUUCUAUCAACCAGGAUAUGCAAAUGGAGCGAAACUUCGAUUAAAAAUGAUGUGUCUUGGUAUGGAUUGGGAUCCUCAGACAUAUAAAUAUGGAACCAAACGUGUAUUUGAUGGUAGCACCCCACCUAGUAUUCCAGAUCAAUUUAGUGAGCUAGUUGCAACAUCAAUCAAAGAAGCUCAAUCACUGUCUAAAAUGGAAUAUAGUGUUCGUCAUGCGAAUGAUGUUCUUCCUUCAAUGACUCCAGACAUCUGCAUAGUCAACUUUUAUACAAACAAUGGAAAACUUGGUCUUCAUAGAGAUCGUGAUGAAAGUAAAGAAAGUCUGCAGAAAGGGUUGCCGGUUGUGUCUUUCUCUAUUGGUGAUUCUGCAGAUUUUCUUUAUGGGGAUGAGAGGAAUGAAGAGGAGGCAGAAUGUGUAACACUAGACUCUGGAGAUGUGCUAAUAUUUGGUGGUGAUUCUCGACAUGUUUUUCAUGGUGUGCCAUAUGUUUAUCCAAAUUCAGCUCCAAAGGAAUUACUCAGAGAUUCUGGGCUUUCUCCGGGUCGACUCAAUCUUACAUUCAGACAAUAUUAA